GAUAUAAUACUUACGUUCAUAUAUAUAUAUAUAUAUAUACGUAUAUACACACAUACACACACACACACAUAUAUAUAUAUAUACGCGUGAUAUUGCAUAAUACUGACGGUGUAAUAAUAUGUACGCGAGUGGUGUGUGUUGUUAACGAUAGAUGAGAGAUGGGCGAGGAAGGUGGAAAAUAAAAAAAUUUGCAUAAUCGAGUGAUCUCUUUAUUUGUUUUUUUCUUCUUUCUUCUUCUUCUACUUCUUCUACUACUACUACUACUAUUACUACUACUACUACUAUUAAUAUUACUACUAUUUUUUUUUCUUUUUUUUUUCUUUUUUUUUUCCUUUUAAUCUCAAAACUAUUCGACGCGAAUACUCUUUCUGAUUUUUCAUUGAUAAAAUGUUCCGAUCGGAAUACAGUUCACGGAUCGCGAUAACCUGCAGCAUUGCGGUGAUCCUAGCGAUCGUACUUUGGAACGUUAGAAAAAGUUCAUCGAAAAAGUCAAAUAAUAAAAGCAAGAAAAUCAAAAAAAUGUCACAUGAAAAGAGUAAUGGUUGCGAAAAAAAGGUCGAAACUGAGAAGAAAAAAAUUGAAAAGAACGGAGAGACGGUGUCGAAUAUUCCAAAACUUAAGUGGGUUAAAGUAGGUCGGGUCGAGGAACUCUAUUACUAUCCUUUGAAAUCAGGACGAGGGAAGACAGUGACCGAAUGUAAAUUUACGGAAUUUGGAAUAUCGAUAGAGAAGGAUGGAUUAUUUACACUUAGAGAUAGAAUGUUUUUGGUUUACAACGACGAGACUUAUAAAUUUCAAACGGGUAGACAGUAUCCAACGAUGAUUCUAGUCAGUCUAUCCGCCGUAGAUGAGUACAAGGUAAAAUUAGAAGCCGUAGGAAUGCCAAGUGUCGUCUUUAGAGUACCAGAGAAAUCCGAAAAGAGUUCUGCAGCCAUUGAAUGUACGAUGUGGUGGGGGGAGCCGAUAAAGUGUAUCGAUUGUGGUCCUGAACCUGCUGAAUGGUUAUCUAGAUUUUUAACCGGUACAAAUUCGGGCUUACGUUUGGGCUAUUCUUUGACUGAUAGACGACAAAUUACUACAGGACCUUGGGAACGUUUUUGCAAAGUUUAUAAUACUCUUCGUGACGAAGAUGCGGGCUUGUUCUCAGAUAUUACGAGUUACAUGUUAAUGACAUCUCAAUCACUCGAUAAUCUGAACGAACGAUUGGAAACACCCGUACCAGCUUUACAAUUCCGUCCUAAUAUCGUUGUUUCCAGUGAGAAAUCAUUUGUCGAAGAUAAUUGGGAAUGGAUAAAGAUAGGUGAUCGUGCUAUUAUUAGAAACGUUAAACCUUGUUCAAGAUGUAAAAUGAUCAAAGUCGAUCCAAAAACCGGUAAUACCGAGAAGGAGGAACCAUAUAAAACUUUAAAAUCUUUUCGAGAACAAACGGAUCCAAAUAGAAUUUCCGUCGAUGGAUCAGCUCCGAUAAUGGGUAUAUAUUGUGGAUCAUACGUCACUGGUCGUGUUAAACUUGGAGAUGACGUGUUCGUUCACGUAUCAGCCGAUAAUUUUGAAAAUUCGAAAAUCUCUAACGAGGAUAUAGCUAAAUCUAAAAUCUGUUAACCUCCUAUGAUAGCAGCUAUGAAGGCGUGCCUUUGUUUGUUAAUGCAAUUAUAAUCCACAAUGUGGAUUGUACGCUUCGUCGAAUAGAAAAUUUGUUAAAUAUUUUUAAAGAAAUGAAAAUGUUCCCAAUGAUAAUUUCAAAAGAUCAAAUUAAAUUAUUUUUCAAGACAUAUUAGGCUAAUACAUCUCUUUCCUUUAUAUUUCUUCGAAGAAUUAUACGAGAAGAAUUACAAGCCUAAAUUAGUCUCGAAAAAUAAUAAUUGAUUUUAAUGGGAUCAUUUAGGAAUCUUUGAUUUCCGGUCUGUUGUUGCAUUUAAAAAUUGAAAGGAUUGAAUUGCUUAAAUAAUUAAACCCAAGGAAAGAAAGAAAGAAAGAAAGAAAGAAAGAAAGAAAGAGAAAUAUAAAAAUAGAAAGAGCAACGAUAUAAAAUCUUCUUAUAAUUAAAUUAGAAAAUGUCGAUCGCUCGAUUUCUUCGAACGAAGAAGAAUCGAAUUUAAUUAUAGCACGACAAUAAUCGAUAAAUCAAAAUGUUCUUAUUAUUAGAAUGACGAAAAUAUAAAUUCGUUGAAGCGCACUUAAAAUCAAUUUCUAGCGAUUUUUCUCUAUUAUAUGUAUAUAUAUAUAUAUAUAUGUUUUUUUUAUAAUAUAUAUUAUACAUAUGUAUAUUAUACACAGGCGCAAUGUUUGAUGUAUCAAACAAAGAGAAAAAAAAAAAAAAAAAAAGAAAAAGAAAAAGCAAAAAAAAUGUAUUUGAUUAUGCGCCCAAUAAAAAGAGAAGGAAAAGGAAGAAAA